UUGCAAUACGGAUUCUGAAAACAUAUCACAAUGGCGCAUACACAUGAUUUUUCUCUUUAAAUAGUUUAAUUAGUUAUGUCAUAGUCUUUAGCUUGGGUGCUGUAUUAAAUGUAUAAACUUUUAUUUUUGCCUUCUAUUUCUGUCUCUGUGUAUAUGUCUAAUUUAUGGUUUGUGUGUGAUUGGGAUGAUUUCACUCAUGUGGUGGGGUGAUAAGGCUGAGACGAUCAUUUAUAGUGUUGGGGGUCAAUAACCGGCACCUAUAAAAAAGUCUACAACUAAGAUUUGUUUAAUAAACUUGCUUUUCAGGGCAGGAAUUGUUGAUCCCGACGAGCAUCACACUUUGCCGAAACUUGAGACGCCCGUCGUCUGCUGCAAAUGUUCACGUCUACAUUAUUUGCAUUAUUCUUAUUUACUCUAUUCAGAAAAUUCUCGAGGAACAAAUGUCGAUCAUGAAUAAGGUUGAAUGUAGUUUGCUAACAGUGUUUCAACACAUUAUUUUGUAGUAAGCGCAGACCCGCUAAGAAGCCCUGUAAUGUCACAUGCUUUAAACGACCAAUGAGAUUUGCGUUGACGUUCUCUUUCUAUCCGUAUGUUCAAAACAAUGAUUGGUUCGAACCGCCAGCAGACAACAAAAUGGCAGACAAGUGAGUCGCCUUUUCGGACGUAGAAAAUGUUUGAACUUUUAAAACUAAUAUUUGACUGAACAUAAAAAUACUGACUACAGUAUUUUAUUAAGGAAGUUAUGAAUUUCAAUAAACUUGUUAGUUUUUAGCAGGUAGCAUUGUGUGUUUUUGAACGACUUAUACUGUAAAUGUGAUGAAAACGAAGUAGCAGCACAGUUUGAAGGAUAUGACAAUUUUAAGCUGUUCAUCCCGGGAAAGUCUUCGCAUAGCAGUUAAAGCAAAGACUUGGUCACCCUCACAAUACGAAUGGCUUCUGGCAGCUCAGUGUAUACAGCCCGAGGAAAAAGAACGUAUUGGACGAUUUUUUUUUAAGAAAGAUGCCAAACUGGCUGUGGUAGGGCGUUUACUAAUACGUGCUGCUGUUUCAUCCAUGAUGGGCUUACCUUAUGGCCAGAUCAAGCUGUCCCGAACAGAGAAGGGCAAACCCUAUAUCCUCAACCAGCCUAAUGGCAAAACACCAAGCAAUAGGUGCAAUUUCAAUAUCUCCCACCAAGGGGACUAUGUGGUUCUUGCAGCAGAAGCUCAAAAAUUAAUUGGCAUCGAUGUUAUGAAAGUGGAGUGGCCACGUAGUACAGGCAUCCAGGAUUUUUUUAGGACAAUGGAGAGACAGUUGACACCAAGUGAGUGGUCAAGGGUGAGAUGUCAAACAAGUGACAUGCAGCAAUUAAGUGUAUUCUACAGAUUUUGGUGUUUGAAGGAGAGUUAUGUUAAAGCAUUGGGAGUGGGCAUUGGAUUUGAAGUGUCCAGGCUGACAUUUGACAUAUCUGCUGAAGACCUAACACCUGGUGUAGUCACAGUGUCCACAACAUUGUCUGUCGAUGGAGUGCCUGCAGAUGACUGGACAUUUGAAGAAACAAUGCUGGAGGACCACUGUGUAGCUGUGGCAACAAAGCCAGAAACAGACAGAGAACAAGCAAACGAUUCUCAGGGGGAAAGGAAGGGAUUAGCGUUCACUGUGUGGAGUGUCCAAGACUUGCUGCGUAAAUGCGAGCCUCUGCCUGGGUCUGAGCCAGAUUUAUUAUACUGGAAACAUUUCAGUGCCAAGGACGAGGAGCCGCGAGGCCCCAGACAGUAGCACCUGCAUUUUCGGAUGCAGGUGCGGGUGUAUGUUGAGUGUGCAAACGUAUUUGUCUCGACGUAUAUCACAGUGUAUUGAUUAAGCCAGCUUGCGUUAAUUUUUUUUUUAAUCGUACCGGACCACCUUGCUAACUCAGUUUCACUUAUGGGCUACUUUGUUGUGAAGCGUGUUCGGGGAGGCAGGGGAAGGUCAGCGAUUAUCCUUGAGAGAAGUGUCGGGUGUGUGGCCAAGACUUGAGUGAAGGUGUUAGAAUCAAUUAAGCCAAGCGUCUGUUGCGUGAGGGAACAGAAGAGUGUCAGCUAACAGUUAUACGUGAGUGAGAGUGUGUCGUUUGUUGAACUGUAGUUUGUAUGAGAGGCAGCUGCAUGUGUGUCUUACGUUUUAGGAGUUGUGGACGAUCAAAUUGUUGCACGUUUGCACACGUGACUGUGAAGUUGAUUAAAGAAAUAAUUUUAACGAGAAA